GUUACGUCGUCCUCUUUAUCUGGGGCUCCUUCAGAGGAAAACAAAGCCAGUUAACGCUGGAUUCAUUAGCAUUGGACAUCUUUACGGCGACGGGACUUAAAACAGUCAAUGAGAGCAGCACAGGCGGGUUAAACAUACAGAGUGGCAGGUUUGAAGGCCCAACUCUCCUCAUGAUUCACCAGCAUUAAAGUCGCUUAACUACUUGGUAAGGAUGGCUAGCUGUGGAGAGGUCGACCACUCUGUUAACUCGCUCCCAUCCAGUAAGAAAGGCAGUGGUGGUGGAAGUGGAAACGGUGCGGACUCUUCCUGCUCUGGCUCUAGCAACUCGUCCCCGGCCCUCCCUGUGCCAGAGUGUGCCAUCUGCCUGCAGAGCUGCGUCCACCCAGUCCAACUGCCGUGCCACCACGUCUUCUGUUUCCUGUGCGUGAAGGGAGCGUCUUGGCAGAGCAAACGCUGUGCUCUUUGCAGGCAGGAAGUACCGGAUGACUUCCUAGAAAGGCCUACGCUUCUCUCACCGGAGGAGCUGAAAGCAUCGGCGGGAGGUCGGGGUGCGGCAGGAAGCGAUCACGCGUGGUAUUACGAAGGCCGUAACGGUUGGUGGCAAUACGACGAGCGAACCAGCCGCGAGCUGGAGGACGCGUUCUCUAAGGGCAAGAAGACAGCAGAGAUGUUGAUCGCCGGAUUUUUGUACGUAGCCGACUUGGAGAACAUGGUGCAGUAUCGGCGCAACGAGCACGGUCGUAGACGCAAGAUGAAGAGGGAUGUUUUAGAUAUUCCCAAGAAGGGAGUGGCUGGACUGCGGUUGGACACUGAGGGUGUUACCGGGGCCUUGGGGGCGGCAAGUCGAGAAAACUCUGCUGACGGGGCCGAUGCCACAAUAGCAGGCACGCAGCAGCAGGUUGCCGGCGUCCCCUCUACUGCUGCGGCCCCCUCGGCUACCGCCCGGCCUCCCACCUCCCUCGGGGGGCAGGGGGGCCCCAGUAUCAGCCCUUCUCUGGAAGACACGUUGUCCCAACUGCAGUUAAGCCCCAGACCCACACCUUCUCAGGAGCGGUCUGAGGCUGGGGAGGGAGAGGAAGAAGAUGAGGAGGAGGAGACGACGUCCCCCUCCAGGUCCUCUGACCCUCACACCUCUGUGGACGAGUCCGGCUCUGGAGACUGGAGCGACGAUGAGGAGGAGGAAGGGGGAGACGGGGAGCGCGCAGAGCCUUGGGAGGAUCGACCGCGCAGACAAAGACUGACUCCAGAGGACAGAGUAGCUCCUCGUGCAGAGUCUGCCUCUCCCCCUCCUUCAUCCAGUAGCAGUGGAAGGUCCAGAAUGCCUGAUGGCCAGUGUACAGUGACUGAAGUGUGAAGAUCAUAACAUCAGCGCCAAAUGGCCACGUUCCAGUCCAUGAAUCUAUUCCCCACGUUAUGCUGUUGUUCAGUCACGGAUCUGAUGUGGGUGCAUUUCUUUUUUGUUGCUGCAGAAAUGAGGUGACAAACGGCUCCACAUUUAACUUUUGAUGUAAUUUUCCCUUGUCUUUUUUUUCUCUCUUUUUGGUUCAUUAUGAUCUGAAUGUGUCUUAUUUGUUGGUGUCAUCAUAAACAAACACAGCCAGGAGUUUAUUUUGAUAAAGGAAGGGAGAAGGUACUGCUUGGUAAACAGUGAGAUGGAUAAAUCAGUUAAUUUGUGACAAAAUCCUAUAACUUAUUAUACUUGGCCCAUGAUGUGAUGGAGAUGUAACAGAUGUCUGUGGGUGUUCAGUCUGUUGCAAGCAUACUGUGUUUUAUCUUUGUUUGAAAUCCCAGUAAACUAGAAGUCUAAAGGCAAACACAAAUUCCCCCCAACCUAGAUGUUUUGUGUUUACGUUUCUUUGGCCAAACCCAGAGCCCCUUUGGCAGAAAUAGGUCGGGUUUGUGACUUGAACUAAAAGAGGGUAUGUGGAGAGUUUAUUUUUGGAAAUGGAACCGUGUCAUUUGUAGGAACGACUGCAUUGUAAUCAUCUUCACUUUAACUCUCCCAGCUAACAUAGCACGCAGAAAUAUGGGCUCAUCUGACCUCCUGCACAAAGUUUCAUCCUUGAUAACUUGUUCCCAGCUUCCAUUUAAUGAUUUCAUCCAGGUGUAGAUGAUUGUGAAGCAUUUCUUUCAAAAUUCUCAUACUUAACCAAUUUAUGGUUUGAAGAAAUCUUGAAGCUGUUAAAACGAAUAAAGAACUGAAGUAAAGAAUUUAAUGAUGCUUUGAAGCCAUGUGGGUGUUUUAUGCUGAAUAUUUAACAUGAUAAUGUAACUUAGGAGCCCACAGGACUUGUGGCUUCCUGCAUAGCUCUGAAUAGAUUUCAAGUUACUCACAGUUUUCUGGAAUCCCACAUUUUGUAGAGACGAUAAUACUAUUUGAACUUAACACGUACGCAUUGAAUUUACUUUUAAUUCUUCUUGGCUUUAAAGAAUUGGCAUUUUAAUGUGAAAUAUGUGUGUGUCCUUAAAAGCUGCUGAAGCAUCUGUAGCCUCAUUAAUGACCUUAUUGUCCCUUAAGUGUCAACUCUUUCCGAAGUUCAGUGGUCUGUGUUUGCGUGAAGGGAGCGUUGUUUAAACACUACUGGCUGGCAGGACGUGACGAACUGAGGUGUUUUGGGUUCAGUUGGAGUAAAUGUUUUUACUUUUAUUUGUGAAUUUCCUAUGGUUGUAUCCUGUCAAGUGUCAUGUCUGAGGGAGUAAAAGAACAAGGAUUUUCCAUCGCUAUUGGUCAGAAUUUCAAGUGAUGUUGUUUUUGUAUUUCUUACAUCCGCUCAGUUUAAAACUUAUCCAUUCUGAUGAAUAAAGUUUGUGUAAGAGUUUUGGCUUCAA